GGAGGGACUCCUGAGGUCCCUUCCCUGCGCGGCUCGCCGACUUCCCUCCGUGACGAAGUUUUCUCCGGCGCUUUCCCAAGGAUCUCUCCCUAGCUUUAGAACUCGCUUUCUGGCGGACUUGCUCGGUUUGUUUUGGGAGAUAACUUGCUUCGCUCCCACCCACAUCCCCUUUCCUUGACCCCUGCCAGUCGGACCUUCUAGAUGACUGAAUGGAGUUUUGAGUUGGACUCUGGUGUCCCCUACGGAGUCGGGCCUGAUCCCGGAGCGCUGGGGGUUGGGUGGAGGUGUUACAGUAAAAUGCAAGUUGGAUAAAAGGAGGACCUCUCGCCAAGGGCCCCAAUGAGUGGCACACAGUCUACUAUCACCGACAGGUUUCCCCUCAAAAAACCUAUAAGGCAUGGAAGUAUUUUGAACCGAGAGUCACCAACAGAUAAGAAGCAGAAAGUUGAGCGCAGUACAUCACAUGAUUUUGACCCCACAGGUCUUGUUCAGCGUUGUGUGAUCAUCCAGAAGGAUGACAAUGGAUUUGGGCUGACGGUCAGUGGAGACAAUCCAGUGUUCGUACAGUCUGUCAAAGAAGAUGGAGCAGCCAUGCGGGCUGGAGUACAGACAGGUGAUCGAAUCAUCAAGGUGAACGGAACGCUGGUGACUCAUUCAAACCAUUUGGAAGUGGUGAAGUUAAUCAAAUCUGGUUCCUAUGUAGCUCUCACUGUUCAGGGACGCCCACCUGGGUCGCCCCAGAUUCCACUCGCUGAUUCUGAAGUAGAACCAUCAGUCAUUGGACAUAUGUCUCCCAUCACGACAUCCCCUCAUUCACCUGGAGCAUCUGGGAAUAUGGAGAGAAUUACUAGUCCUGUGCUCAUGGGGGAAGAAAACAAUGUGGUUCAUAACCAGAAAGUAGAAAUUCUGAGAAAAAUGUUACAGAAAGAACAGGAACGGCUUCAGCUAUUGCAGGAAGACUACAACCGAACACCUGCUCAGAGAUUGUUAAAAGAGAUCCAAGAGGCCAAGAAACACAUUCCUCAGCUGCAAGAGCAGUUAUCCAAAGCCACAGGCUCUGCUCAGGAUGGAACUGUAGUUACGUCCUCCAAGCCAUUAGGUGACGGGCUAGCAGUCGGUGAAGGAGAAGCAGACCCUGGUGAUGGACUCGGCAGACUUGACUGCGGCAGCGGAGAUGCUUCUCGGCCCAGUAGUGACAGUGCCGAUAGUCCCAAGAGUGGCUUGAAAGAGAGGAUUUAUCUAGAGGAAAACCCAGAGAAAAGUGAAGCAAUUCAGGACACUGACACUCAGUCACUUGUUGGGAGUCCCUCUACCCGUGUGGCGCCUCAUAUUAUUGGAGCAGAGGACGAUGACUUUGGUAGUGAACAUGAACAGAUCAAUGGGCAGUGCAGCUGUUUUCAGAGCAUUGAACUGCUGAAAUCUCGCCCGGCUCACUUGGCUGUUUUCUUACACCAUGUAGUUUCCCAGUUUGACCCUGCAACACUGCUCUGUUAUCUCUAUUCAGACCUAUAUAAACAGACCAAUUCCAAGGAGACCCGUCGUGUCUUCCUUGAGUUUCAUCAGUUCUUCCUGGAUCGAUCUGCCCACCUGAAAGUUUCUGUUCCUGAUGAAAUAUCCGUAGAUCUAGAAAAAAGAAGACCAGAGCUUAUUCCUGAGGAUCUACAUCGCCACUAUAUCCAAACUAUGCAAGAAAGAGUCCACCCAGAAGUUCAGAGGCACUUGGAGGAUUUUCGGCAGAAGCGCAGCAUGGGGCUGACCUUGGCUGAAAGCGAACUGACGAAACUUGAUGUGGAGCGAGACAAGGACCGGUUAACUUUGGAGAAAGAACGGGCAUGUGCAGAACAGAUUGUUGCCAAAAUUGAAGAAGUGUUGAUGACUGCUCAGGCUGUAGAAGAAGAAAAGAGUUCGACAAUGCAAUAUGUUAUUCUCAUGUACAUGAAACAUUUGGGAGUAAAAGUGAAAGAACCUCGAAAUUUGGAGCACAAGCGGGGUCGGAUUGGAUUCCUUCCAAAAAUCAAGCAAAGUAUGAAGAAAGAUAGGGAAGGCGAAGAAAAAGGGAAGCGAAGAGGAUUCACCAGCAUCUUGGGACCCCCUAGGAGACCAAGCCGCCAUGACAACAGUGCAAUUGGCAGAGCCAUGGAACUACAGAAGCAGCGCCACCCUAAGCACUUGUCCACACCCUCUUCUGUGAGUCCUGAACCCCAGGACUCUGCGAAGUUGCGCCAAAGUGGAUUAGCAAGCGAAGGAGCAGACAUUGGAUACCUGCCAGCCAAUUCCACAUCCUCCAUGGUUUCAGGGGCCACUCUUUCCCAGGAAGGAGGGAAAGAGAAUGAUAUGGGAUCAAAACAAGCUGGAGAAACGCCAGCAUCUGGAGACUCCUUGGAUGGCACUCCUCGUACUCCCAACACCAUCUUUGAUUUCCCACCUCCUCCAUUAGACCAGGUGCAGGAGGAGGAAUGGGAAGUGGAAAGAGUGACUGAACAUGGGACACCAAAGCCCUUUCGAAAGUUUGACAGCAUAGCUUUUGGAGAAAGUCAGAGUGAGGAUGAACAGUUUGAAAAUGACUUAGAGACGGACCCACCCAACUGGCAACAGCUCGUCAGUCGAGAAGUGUUACUGGGACUAAAGCCUUGUGAGAUCAAAAGACAGGAAGUAAUUAAUGAAUUAUUCUACACUGAAAGAGCUCAUGUUCGAACAUUGAAGGUUCUAGAUCAAGUGUUUUAUCAGCGAGUGUCCAGAGAAGGAAUUUUGUCACCUUCAGAACUACGUAAAAUUUUUUCAAACUUAGAAGAUAUUCUUCAACUUCACAUUGGGUUGAAUGAGCAAAUGAAGGCUAUUCGGAAGAGGAAUGAGACCUCUGUCAUUGAUCAGAUUGGGGAAGAUUUGCUGAUCUGGUUCAGUGGACCCGGGGAGGAAAAGUUGAAACAUGCUGCUGCUACCUUUUGCAGUAACCAACCCUUUGCCCUGGAAAUGAUCAAGUCUCGCCAGAAAAAGGAUUCUCGAUUCCAGACUUUUGUGCAGGAUGCUGAGAGUAAUCCACUCUGUCGUCGUCUGCAGCUAAAGGAUAUCAUUCCCACUCAAAUGCAAAGGCUUACUAAGUACCCUCUUCUCUUGGACAAUAUUGCCAAAUACACAGAGUGGCCUCCAGAAAGGGAGAAGGUGAAGAAAGCUGCAGAUCAUUGUCGUCAGAUCUUAAAUUAUGUGAACCAGGCUGUUAAGGAGGCAGAGAACAAGCAGCGCUUGGAAGAUUAUCAGCGUCGCCUUGAUACCUCUAAUCUGAAGUUGUCAGAAUACCCAAAUGUUGAAGAGCUCAGGAAUUUGGAUUUAACAAAGAGGAAGAUGAUUCACGAAGGCCCAUUGGUUUGGAAGGUGAAUAGAGAUAAAACUAUUGAUCUAUAUACAUUGCUGCUGGAAGAUAUUCUUGUAUUGUUACAAAAGCAGGAUGAUAGACUGGUGUUAAGGUGUCACAGUAAGAUUCUGGCAUCUACAGCUGACAGCAAACACACGUUUAGCCCUGUCAUCAAGUUGAAUACGGUGUUGGUUCGACAAGUGGCAACAGAUAACAAAGCUCUAUUCGUCAUCUCCAUGUCUGAUAAUGGAGCACAAAUUUAUGAACUGGUGGCACAGACAGUUUCUGAAAAGACUGUCUGGCAGGACCUAAUAUGUCGGAUGGCCGCGUCCGUGAAGGAGCAGUCCACAAAGCCAAUCCCACUGCCACAGCCACCACCGUGCGAAGGAGACAACGAUGAAGAAGAACCUCCAAAAUUAAAAGUGGCACAUCAUGACAUUUCAGUCACUGGUCUGCAGAGUCCAGACAGAGAUUUGGGAUUAGAGUCUCCUUUAAUGUCAUCAAAACCUCAGUCUCAUUCACUGGGUACCUCUGGGAAGUCGGAGGUAGAUGACCUCUUUGUGGCUGAGAGACAGUUUGCAAAGGAGCAGCAUGCAGACGGGACACUGAAGGAAGUCGGAGUGAAUUAUCAAAUCACAAUCCCAGAUCCACACUUGCCUGUCUCAGAAGAACGGUGGGCACUGGAUGCACUAAGGAAUUUGGGUUUGUUGAAGCAGCUGCUGGUACACCAGCUGAGCUUGACUGAGAAGAGCACUCAGGAAGACUGGCCACAUUUUCCAAGAUGCAGGACAGCCUCUCUGGGGGUGCAGGCAGACAGUGGAACCCAGAACCCUGAAAAUAUUAAGGCCUGUCAUCCUGUUGAAGCACAGAUGCCCUUUAGAACUGGAACUGGUGACAUUUCAACUUGUUACAGUCCACGGACUUCAACUGAAUCUUCUGCUCCACGGGAUUCAGUGGCACUGAAUUCAGUGGCACGGGAUUCAGCACUGGCAUUCCAAGAGAGCCAGGCAAGUGACAUUUUAGUAAUGGACCACAUGAUUAUGACCCCAGAGAUGCCUCCCUCAGAGCCAGAAGGGGGUCUUGAUGAGAGUGGAGAGCACUUUUUUGAUGCCCGUGAAGCACAUAGUGAUGAUAAUCCAUCAGAAGGUGAUGGAGCAGUUAAAAAGGAAGAGAAGGAUGUUAAUUUGCGCAUCUCAGGAACCUAUCUGAUCCUUGAUGGCUAUGACCCAGUGCAGGAGAGCUCCACAGACGACGAGGUUGCUUCCUCGUUCCCUCUUCAGCCUGGAGCAGGCAUCCCCUCUCUGGACUCUGGACACCAGCAGCAGCCUUCUCCCCAGAAUGCUCAUUCUGACGGGGCUGUUUCACCGUUCACCCCAGAAUUCCUGGUCCAGCAGCGCUGGGGAGCUAUGGAGGAUUCCCGUUUUGAGAUCCAGAGUCCCUCUGCUUGUGCCGAUUCACACAGCCAGAUCAUGGAGUACAUUCAUAAAAUAGAGGCUGACCUUGAACACUUAAAGAAGGUGGAGGAAAGUUACACCAUUCUUUGCCAAAGGCUGGCUGGAUCAGCCCUCACAGACAAGCACUCAGAUAAAAGUUAGAGCCGCGUGUCCUGGAGGCGACUGCAGGUUGUUGGAUUUGAGCACCAGCCUUGUCUCACCACGCCCUGGCUCCAGUGUGGACACCGAGAGAGUGUGUGACGUGUGACAGAGACCUGCCUGCAGACGGCCUGGGGGAGCCAUGCCCCCGGGGCCCAAAGCAGGACUGGGUCUUCACAGCCCGGCAGCUGCACAAGCCUGUCCGCGGGGGGGACGUCCUGCUCUCACCCUGCUCUCCUCACUCUCAGAAAUCCAUUUUGAUUCAGAACAAAAACCAAAUGUAUAGAGCUUUGGGUGUAGAAUAUGAAAUUUUGCUUAGACUUAAGAAAAAGAGAAAAUCAGAUGUAUUUAUUUGACUUCAUUCCGUAUUUGAAAGCACAUUUUAAUUUUUAUUUUGCCAUGUUUUGUUUUAAUUGAGUAGUGAGAGUUUUAGCCCUUUGUAUUUAGUACACCCAAGGAUCGACGGCUCCUGAAGCAAAGAGUUCGGGAUGGGGUUAUCAGGAGGUGGCUGGAGGGGUGAAGAGGGGGAGGGAGUGGGCAGAGGAGGGAGGAGCAUGAGGUCUCCACCGAAUGAUGUCCCUUGCCCUCUGCUGUCCCGUAGGCUGCUCGUCUGAGGGUCCCCUCAAAAGCGUACUCAAAAGUCCUCUGCCGUGCCUCCUCCGAGCAGAGGACUUGAGUUUUGUGCUCCCAGGUGGGGGCUUCCUCCCACCCGAGGCCAGCGCCUCUUCUCUGAGGCUGGGAUCCACUCCCAAUGAACAGGAAUCCUCAAUGUACUAAAGAGCAGGCACUUGAAAAUGGGUGUGUUUUCUUCUAUCGUCUCCUUUUCUGUUGAGGGUUGGGAUUUGGGAGGGAGAGGAAAGCAAAUUUUAUUUUCUUGACUAUAAAUUUGUUAUCCUUGGUAUUGUUUCAUUUUUAUAAUUAUACAUUAAGACCUUGGCACUUGUGUAAAAUAAUCCCUGCCAACUGAGCAGGAAGCGAAAACAAACAGAGAUGCUUCAGGUGGUGGCAGGGGUGGGGGCUGCUGAGGAAGGGUGGGACGGAGCGGGUGAGAGUGUGGGAAGGUUAUGUAACUGAAUCACUACUGAGUUGAACAAUGGCUUUCAUGAGCCACGGGUACUGCUGAUUAUAAGGCCAGUAAAAUUUUAGUACCUGGAGGUUUGACUCUGAUUUUUGCACUGAUGGUGCCAAAGGGCUCUUGGAGUUUGAAAAGAGAGCCGAGAGUGGAGUGGAGAAGGAUGCGGUGGAGAAGGCAGAGCUGCUCCAGCCAGCUCCAGAAGCACAUCCUCUGACUUCACUGCUGGAGCUUUUUCCGCACUGGUGCAUGACUGACCUUAAAAAUUGCAGACCAGAACAUACACUGGAUACUGCAGGCAAGGCGUUGGGAACUGCCUGCUCUAGAAUGAAUAGUAGCCCUGGCAGCACCCUCCAGAGGAUAAAUGUUUCAGAACUGUAACUUGAGAACUCCCUUCAGUUCUGUUGACUUUCUGUGGUUUUCUUUGUGCAUCAGGUAUAUAUUAAUAUGUUUUGAAGUAUUUUUGCCAAUCAAAAACUAAAUCAUUUGUCAAAUAUUAAAAUUCUGUUAAUACACAAAGAGUUGAUCCACUGCUCAUGUCUUUCAGUAGUACCCUCUGAACUCUGUGGGUAGUUAGGAUGUAAUUUUACUCUCCCCUGCCAUCCCCCCACCAUCUGCCCAAAUAUAUAUAUAUAUAUACAUAUAUAAUAUAUAUAUAAAUUUUCCCCCCAUCACAAGUGGUAAGGAUUCCCAGCUGCGUUUAUAAACACCACUACAACUUAGCAAAACUCAUGUAUGUCCAGAUUCUUGUUUCUGUCUUUCCAAAUGUGAUCUGUGUUUUUAAAUAGACCAACUUGGAUUGUUGGACCUCACCUAUAAAUUAGAAUUUUAUUUUGAUUUAUAGCCCAAGUAUAGAUUAAAUCAAAAUGGGAUUAAAAAUUUUAGAAGCAGAAGCUAAUAUAUAAGUAAAGCUUGGGACUUGAACUUUCUGUAUCUCAUAAGAGAAACAAGUAGAAACCAAAUGGUUACAUUGUGCUGCUGGAAAUAAUGUAGUCACUCCCAACUAAAAGGGUUACCUGUAGUUACUUGACACUAAUACCAUCAGUGGGCAGUUAAUCAGAAGAAAGGUAAAUACAAGUAGAACUUUCAUCUUAACUUCAGAUAGUACAGGGUCAUUGGAUAAUUCCCUAGCACUCAUUUAUUUAAGAAGAUUUGUAUGUUAGCAGAGUUUUAGUUUCUCUUCUGGUUCAGCCAACCCCUUGUCCUUAGCAACUGUUUGCUUUUCUUUUCCCUGAAGUUUAACCUCUCCUUGGAACAAAAACAGGGCUAACUGGAAAAAUAUUUUGAACAUUGCUCUAAUACCUCCAAAUAAAUUCAUAUCUAGAUCUUCAAAUGAAGCCCCCAAAUGAAAUCUAAUUCUGAAAAGAUUCCAUGAUUUUUUGAGUUUUCUUUUUAACCUCACCAGCCUCAUGUCUUCCUCCUCCUCCUCAUCCUGGUCUCCCAUGCUCUCUUCCCCCCCCCCCCCCCUCCCGCCUUUUGUCCAUUAUAAUCACAUCCAUCCUACUUUGAUACUAUACCUGCCUUUCAGGACAACAGAAUUAGGUAAUCUCUGUUUUUGGGUGAGACUGAUGACCGUCAAAACCGUUUUCUUGAAGUUGGAAUCAACUUGCAUGUAGAAAGACCCAAGGGCGGUGGACAGAGCUCCCUUCCCAGAGCAGGAGAGCUGGUUUUAGCUAUUGUGGUGACCUGCCGUGACCCUGUGCUCCUUCCAGUGGCCCUAACGGCUCCCUUGCUACUAAGUGGCAGAUUACAUUUGAGGUGUCUCUUUCCUUUUCAGAGAACAGAGUUCAGCAAGGCAAAUCAAUAAACCCCAAAGUGCUACAAUUUAAAAUCAUGAUCACUGCCCUAGAAGCCAUAUAUUUCAUGUACUUUAAAACCAGCUAUGAAUAACUUGGACUGCCAGGACCUGAACUGUGACUAUUUAUUAUAAUAUGCUACCAAAAAGGUGCUUUUUUGCUUUCUUUUCCCUGAAACAACUUUGAUCGACUGUUAAAAACGAUGAGUCCCUCUCAAAAAUUUUUUUUGUUAAUUUGUCCUUGGAGAAGGGUGGGGAGCUAGUGUGAUAGUAGAGGAGAAAAGUCCACUGCCCUUAUUUUUGAAGCUAAAGAAAAUAAUUAUGCCUCCUGUGAGUUGUCUUUUACUCACAUACUUUUCUCUUUCUUUAUGAUAUCAUUAAAUUCAGUGUAUUAUGUGGAGCUUCUGUUUUUCAAACUGGAAGCUGUCUUCUUUGAAGGUGGUAUAUGAUAUUAUUUUGAGCUACAAGAGCUUUGGUCGGUCUUUCCUUCCCUAUAUGUCACAGGGGGCAAGGUUCAAAACUGUGUACAGAGGACCUUAAGAUAGAAAAUUAGCAGGACCUUCCAGUCAUCUUUCUGCUGGCUAACUUUUUAUUCCCUAGAAUUACAAUUCCUGUUUUUUAAAUCAUGUUUUUUUUCCUCUGACUCCUCCACCACUUUUCAAAGUGAUCUGCAUAAUUAUUCUUCCCUCAAGAAAAGAGUCCCUUUGCCUUGUUCUUCUCCACUGGUACUGAUGGUUUUGAAAAUAAACUGGUAGGAAAAAAAAAGUGUACCUCCUAGAAGGAAGCCCUGUCGGCCGUUUCCAGGUGCCAAUGGCUAAGCAGAUGUACUGCAAACAUAACUGUAAUUUGUGCACACUGUGGGUUAUUCUUAAUCAGCCUCUUCCUACUAGAACAUUUUAUUUUCCUUGUUCACCAUACAAUCAUGUACUCUUUAACAGAAAUUACUUUUAAAGAAAUCUGGAACUA